ACAGGACAUGUUGGUUUUUCACUUAAUAUGCAGAUUAGUGUCCAUAACUGUGGCAACUUUUAAUGUCACUUGCUGACGGAACUUUAGAAGCGGAUUAGAGUCCAUAACGGUGGCAACUUUUAAUGUCACUUGCUGACGGAACUUUAGAUGCGGAUUAGAGUCCAUAACGGUGGCAAGUUUUAAUGUCACUUGCUGACGGAACUUGAAAUAAGCUACUGUGAUCAAUUGAUUAUGCGUUGAGUCAAAUGGACUUUAAGCAAUAAUUCAGGAAUAGUUGUUCUCUUAAGACGAGUUUAAAAUUCGAAUUUAAAAACGCAUAUUUGUACAACGAUAUAGUGAUAGAUGACUUAAAAACUUCCACAAAACCAUGCGGAUGUUGAACCGCAGGAACGCCCUUGGUGUCGUCGUGAUAAUUGUCGCUAUUGUCCUCCUCGAAACCUACGUGUGGAACUGGCAUCUAUCAAUUAGCAAAGUAUCGAUCGGAAGAAAAACUCGAGACAUCGUGUUUCUUAAAGUCCACAAAACAGGCAGUUCAACGAUUGCGAACAUACUUUUAAGGUUCGGCUACUCAAGAAACCUUAACUUUGCGUUGCCUAGGAAACGACGCGGUGAGAUUCGAUACAACUACUUUGGCGACGUUGGAGAAACAUUGAACAGAUCAGGCGUAAUGGGUUCAAAAAACAGCGAUGACCAUUUCAACGUAUUAUUCAACCAUGUGGUAUUUAACUGGACAGCGUUUGUCCGUCUGUUUCACAAACGCACAACAACAUACGUGACCAUGAUUCGGGAGCCUGCUUCCCAGUUUCGCUCUGCGAUGUUGUUUUUUCUUCAUGACAAGAUUUACAAGGCAGCGACUGCUAACUUGACUAAAUAUUUGGAAAAUCCGAGUUUGUUUGAACCGGAAGAUGCCUAUGUUUCGUUCACUGACAACAGACAGGCUCUUGAUCUUGGGGUUCCACCAAAACGAGUUCGUCAACCUGUUUACAUUAAAACGUACAUUAAACUUCUCGACAAAGCCUUCGAUUUGGUGCUUAUCACUGAAUACUUCGACGAAUCUCUCGUUUUACUCCGAAGAAAAAUGUCAUUGUCAACAAAGGAUAUUCUGUACUUGAAGAAGAAUAUUGCAUAUAAACAGUUUAAUUUUAAUUUUAGCGCGCAUGACUAUGUGCUAUUGAGAAGAUGGGCUCCCGCGGACCAUAUGAUCUACGAACACUUUCAUUCAAAAUUUAUUCGAACCCUCAAGUCAGAGCCCUCAGUUGUUGACGAGGUCAUGUGGUAUCGUACUGUGUUACGUAAUGCUCAAGAUUUCUGCUCCGGAAGUGACGCUCGCAGCCAUCUUGAUAUUGGCGAAUCUCUCUGGAGCGAACCAUUUACAGUAACUUCGCUCGAUUGCGCUUAUAUGCGACUCGGAGAACUCGAGUUUCUUGAUAAAAUACUUCACGAAUCGCCACGGUGA